AUGUGCGCGCAGAAUACUAUCAAAAAGGAAGAUGCGUCCAAGACAUUACCCUCUUCGCCGACGUCGAAUAUUCCCAACAUCGUUGUGUCAGAGCGCCUACCAGAAGAGAGUUCGUCCGCGUUGUCUAUAUUACAGCCCGAACCUGCUUUGGCUGUUCUCGGGCAACACGGACCACCCCCGGCAUAUUCUCCCGUACUCGCCGGGACAGACGAGCAGUCUGCGAAGAGUUCUACAGGCGACAACAUCCAAAAGCAGUGUGUCGACAAGGACCUCCAGAGGGUUGCUGGAUUGCACACGGAAUGCGCUGCAUGCAACCUGUCCCAGACGUUUUCAUCAACUCAGCAUCUGGAACGCAAAGUCUUUGUUCCACCUCGACCUCCAGGUCCUCACCAGUGUCUGGUUCCGCCACAAAGAAACACAUGGCUCGACCGAACCGUCGGUUCCGGCACGACGGAAAGUUUGGUUCCUUGUAAGGGGGACCUGGACUUUUCAUCAGCUCCUGGGGUGACGCUCUCAGGAUGGAAGUCCUCAUGUCUCGAGGCUGGGGUCGCAGGUCCUCACAGGUCCGUCUCGGACGAGUAUACAAGAAGCUGUAGUGCUGCUAGUUCGACACAACCAUGCAGUCCAGCAAUACAAGCACGAAUUCCUUUAGAUGAUUCCCACUACGCUCGCCGCCAUCAAGCUACACCAACAGUGACAGCACUCGCCUCAUCAAAUAACGCCAGACAACAAGACAACAAUCACCACCGUGAAGCAAUCACCACCAUCGCUGACACCAAACGUACAGCUUCAAACAUGCCGAGCCGCACCAUCACCUACUCUCCGACUUCCGCCAGCGUACUUACUCUCUCGCCGGUGCAGACGGCGCCCGUCGUACGACCACCUCAAAAAGCUCAAGACCUUCCAAGUCGGCCUUCCGCCAUUCGCAGACACCCUGCAGAUCUGGACGUCGACGAAGUCCUCUCGGCGCUCCCCAUUCUGAUCCCCACCCCGCCAGAAGAGCAGGAAUCUUUGCCGCCUCCUGAAUGCCCGACGUCUACUCCGGGCCCCUCGAGGGUUGGCGGACGAAGCAGGAGUGCCAGCGCCGCCAACAGCGCCUUCCGCGAAGAGGGCGGCGUCUGUCUCCGAAACGACCCGUUCAUUUCCAUCAUUUACCCAGGCAGGGGAGAAGCAGUCUGGCCCCUUUCCGAGCCCAAGAACAAGUUGCUCGCAGCGCUGGUAGAGGAGAGCGAGCCGCUCUACAGUGAUGAGGAAGACGAGGACGAGGAAGAGGACGUAUCCGACAACAAGUCCUCCUCCUCCUCCUCCUCCUCCUCCUCCCCUCCCCUCUCCCUCCCCCCUCUCUAUGUCGACAACGCGCUCGUCCAAGAAAAUUGCAACCGCCACGAGAAAUCCUUCAUCUCCUGCGGCCAUGAUUGCAUCUACAUGUACUGUGGAUCCGCCGAGCCGUGUCGGGCAUCCCCUGCGCACCACCCUCAAAAGGUGGGAGAGGAUGCUCAUUCGGCCGAGAUUGGUGACGAGAACCGCCGAUCUCGACGACGGAUGAUGGUCCAGAGCUUCGACACCAAGAAGGGCCAGUGGGCGAACGUGGAGGCGGAAGGACGAACCGCUAGCUCCAGGUUCGGCGCCGUGGGCGAGAAACUGGCACCACACCCUCUCCCUUGUCGUCAUCUUCCGCUUCAUCUUCCUCUUCUUCUCCCGGCCGAUCGCGCCAAGGCUCUUCGAGAAAAUUCUCAGGUGGAGGAAUACUGA